AUGUCUUCCAGAAUCUCAUUCGCCCCCAGUCACGAGAAUCCAGCCGCUUCCUAUCACCUCAUUUUCCUCGUAACCGGGAACCCGGGUCUCAUUUCCUACUACGAUACCUUCCUCCGGACUCUCCAUGAACUCUUAUCCGAGAAGAAGUCAGAAACAGGCGUAUUUCACAUUUUCGGCCAAUCGCUGGCAGGGUUUGAAGACAAUGACACUCCUUCAAAGACCACGGGAUUGCCUCAUAGCUUGGAGGGGCAAAUUGAGAGUCGGCUGCAAUGUCUCGAAGAUCAAUGCAUCCCAAGCGGACCACGGCAAGGCCAAGUUUACGAUAGCAUUAUUCUAGUCGGCCAUUCGGUUGGUGGCUAUAUCAUUCUCGAGAUGCUGCAGCGUCUCCGAAAAUCCUCCCGUUGCAAUGUCAAAGGCGGCAUCCUGCUUUUCCCCACCGUUACCCACAUCGCUAAAAGUCCAAACGGAGCGAAGUUCAGCGCUCUCUUCCGCAUCUGGGGCUUUCCGCGGGGAGCAAGCCUCGCUGCGAAGGCUCUUCUUUGGCCGGUUCCUGACCCAGCAUUGAGGUGGUUGGUUCAUGUCGUGGUGGGGAUGCCGCAGGAUGCUACGGAAGUGACGAUGCGGUUCUUGAGGAGCCGGAUGGGUAUCUGGCAAGCCUUACACUUGGCUAAGGACGAGAUGGAAACCAUUACGGAGGAUAAGUGGGACGAGGAUAUCUGGGGCAUCGAGCAUGAAGAUGCCGGAAGUGUCGUGGACAUUCCGAAACUCGUCUUCUAUUUCGGGGAAAAUGACCACUGGGUCGCAGAUCAUACUCGGGACGCAUUGAUCGCUUCGAGAGGAAGGGAAGAGGGGAAGCUAUCGUCGAAGCCGAUUAUGUUGAUUGAUGAGAAUGGUAUAGAUCAUGGCUUUUGUAUUCGACAUAGCGAAAGCGAAAGCAUGGCGGAGAAGGUCAAAGUAUGGAUAGAUGAGAUUAUACAUCGAUGA